CAUCAUCAUCACACAACACAAAUCCAAAAAAAAAAAAAAAAUGGCUUCUAACACAAGUUUCCUCUUUGUCACCGUCACUCUUCUCCUUGCCCUCAACGUCUCUGGCAGAACACUCCCGGCGGUGGCGGAUUCCACCAACAUUGCGGAAAGGCUUACCGGAGGAGGACUGAUGCAGUGUUGGGAUGCACUCUACGAGCUGAAAUCAUGUACUAAUGAGAUUGUUCUCUUCUUUCUCAACCGUGAGACCAAACUCGGCUCCGGUUGCUGCAACGCUGUUGAUGUCAUAACCACUGAUUGUUGGCCGGCGAUGCUUACUUCUCUUGGCUUUACAUCUGAGGAAACCAAUGUCCUCCGUGGUUUCUGUCAGUCUCCGACUUCCGGCGGUUCUUCUCCGGCUCCUUCCCCUGCCGAAGUUUGAUAAAUUUUUAUGGUUAUAAUAUAUAGUUUUCUAUGGUAUGAUGAGAACAUGUAUGUUCACUGAUUUAAAGUUUGGAAUAAAAGCGUUUGUGUUUG